AUGGCAAUCCGACGUACAUUAACCAGGGUAUCCACUUCCGUAUCUGUCUAUUAUAAGAAAACUUUGGGGCAUCGAAUACGUGAUUAUAUCUCAAAUUGUGGUCACUAUUUUCACCCAAUUAAAAAAUAUGUGUUUCCUAAUUUCAUCGCAGUUCACUAUGCAUACACUAUUCUCAUAACAAUAUUGGGAUCUAUUUUAAUGUAUCCAGUGAGAAAUCACAAGUAUAUUGAUAUAUUAUUUUUAGCAUGUGGUGCAGCUACCCAAGGUGGGUUAAACACCAUCGACGUCAAUUCAUUAACUUUGUAUCAACAAAUUAUCAUUUACAUUAUGUGCAUGAUUUCCACGCCCAUUUUUAUUCAUGGAAGUCUUGCCUUCGUUCGACUCUAUUGGUUUGAACGUCACUUUGACGGUAUUCGAACCUCAUCGAAAAGAGAUUUUAAAAUGAGAAGAACAAGAACAAUUUUGAACAGAGAGAUUACUGCCAGAACUAUGUCUAGAGGAAGAUUUGAUACAAUCAAUUCCCAUAACAUAACUAAAAAUACUCCCAAUGAUAAAAAUCCUAUUAAUUUCCAAGAACAGUUGUUUAGUGGAAAACUUCAAAUUAGAGACAAUGAGAAAGCCUCCGAAUCAGACUCUGAUGCAAAUGCUAGAAACUCAUCUAGUAAACAAUCUGCUGCAAAUGAACUUCGAGAAAUUUCAGGCAAUGAUAUAGAACCUGUUGGCUCUUCAGGUGCUGGAAAAUUGCAAUUCGUUGCUUCCAAUACCUCUAACCAGACACAAAUACUUGGUAGAAGGGAUUCAACUGACAUUUCACCUGCUGAUAUGUAUAGAUCAAUUGCCAUGCUGCAAGAACAACAUCAAGAAAGAGAAGAGGAUGAUGGUCCUGCAUUGGUCAUUGGUGCACCAAAUGAAGAAAAGAUCGUUGAAAAGGACAAUGUGCCCAAACUAUAUCCUGUCAGUUCUCAAGAUGAGUUAUGUCUAGAAAACAAUAGUAAUGAUAAUAUAGAUGCGCAAAAUAUUAAACGAGUUCUGGAGCCUGGUGAGACCAGAGACAUUUCAGGAAAUAAAAUUAAAUCUGAAAAUAUUAAUAGCACAAUUGGAUCAGAUUUAAAUUCGCUUAAAAGCAUUAGAAUGUAUAACAGGAAACUAAGCACAGAUUCUAAUCCCACCACACAAUCAUCUAAUAAUGAUAGCGAGAUCUGUGACGAUUCCAGAAGUGACGCCAGUAAUGGCAGUUCCACAAUAAACCAUAAUAAAUUGGAAUAUGUUAGUAGACAUUUUUUAAAUAAUAAAGAAUAUCAGAAAACUAAACAUCUUCAUUCGAAUAAUAUCCCUUUGGAACAGACAAUGACGAAUGAUGAUGAUUCUGUUGUGACAUCUGAGAGUAGCAAUUCCGAUUAUUCUGCUUCUAGCAGUGUAGCUAUUGAAUCCAAUUCAAUGGUUGAAAUGCAAACGCUAGAUAAUAAUUCCACGUAUGACGAUAGCCCUGCCGAAAGUUCAAAACCAUCACUCAAAAAUAAUGAGGAAAGCAAUUCGGAAGAUGAUCUCUCUAAUCAUAUUGAAACAUCAAAUCGUAACACACCAAGAAUUCAAUUUGAUAUAACAGAGCCACCAAGGAAAAGAAGAACAACUAGCAUGUAUCAAGACAUAUCGCCAUCUCCGAAAAGUUAUAAAAAAAGUUAUAAGCCACACAGAACCAAAUUUUUGCGACAUAUCCCUAAAGGUGAUAGAAUCAAGAAAAGAAUUAAAAGGACCAUUACCAAUAAUUCUUUUGAUAAGAAUAAAUUUGAUUUUUCCUUUUCUAAAAGCCACCCAGGCAAUAGAGGUCUUUAUAAUGCAGAGGGGGCAGAGGUAGAAGACUCAUUUUCUAAUAAAUUAGCUUCAGAAGAAGGCUCAUUAAAUUCAAUUAAUUCGGCAGGUAAUAAUGGCAAAAAUGAUGAACACACUAUUCACGAUCUAACUAGAGCAAGAACCUUUGAUGUCCUUGAUAAUAUCGAUCUUCAAAAACUGUCAGAGUCUCCAGAAUUUCAAAAAGCCGUUUAUGAAAAUUGGAAAAAUAAACAUAGAAAGAAGAGAUCGAUUAGCAGAAAUGAUUAUAACGAUACAGGAGAUAAUAAUUUAUUCCACAAUACAUUAAAUGAAAGUAGUGGUGAAAUUUCGCCAAAUAAUACUAAAGAAGUCAUUGAUUAUUUUAGUCCAAGUUCUCUGCAUUACUCUAGGUUACCAAAAAAAUUAGAUAGACGAUCCUCCAAGGAGAAUGAAAAUGACUUCAAUUUUAUGGCUGAUUCCAAUACACCUUACAGAUUGCAUUUUGACCCAGAUUAUGCUUUACCUCAUCAAAAGCCAAAAUUAUCUAGAAGUAUGAGUACUAAUUACCUGUCUUGGCAACCCGUUGUUGGUCGUAAUUCUACUUUUGUUGGUUUAAACUCUUUUCAAAAAAAUGAGUUGGGAGGUGUAGAAUAUAGAGCAACAAAGCUUUUAUGCCUUCUGUUGUUAAUUUAUUAUAUUGGAUUCCAUAUCAUAACAUUUAUUUUUUUGGUCCCAUGGAUCAUCAACAGAAAGUACUAUGAACAUAUUGUUAGAGCAGAUGGAGUAUCACCAGCAUGGUGGGGUUUCUUCACUGCCAUGAGUGGUUUCAAUGAUCUUGGAUUAACAUUAACUCCAGAUUCCAUGAUAUCCUUCAAUGCCGCCAUUUUUCCAUUAGUAGUAUUAAUAUGGUUUAUUAUUAUUGGUAAUACAGGUUUUCCAAUUUUGUUCAGAAUUGUUAUUUGGUUUGUAUUUAAAUUAUCACCGGAUCUAUCAGCGGUUAGAGAAAGUUCAGGUUUUUUACUUGACCAUCCUCGUCGUUGUUUUACGUUAUUGUUUCCUAAUGCAGCUACUUUAUGGCUUUUGGUGACAUUGAUUGCUUUAAAUGCGACAGAUCUAAUUUUAUUUAUUAUAUUCGAUUUUGGAUCCGCCGUAGUUAAGGACUUAUCAAAAGGUCGUCGUGUAUUAGUUGGUUUAUUUCAAGGUGUAUCCACUAGAACAGCUGGUUUUGCAGUUGUAGACUUAAGCAAAUUGCAUCCUGCUAUUCAAGUUUCUUAUAUGUUGAUGAUGUAUGUAUCCGUGCUACCACUAGCUAUUUCAAUCAGAAGAACCAAUGUUUAUGAAGAACAAUCGUUGGGUAUAUAUUCUGCUGAUUCGGGGUUCCCUGAAGAAACCUUUGAGGACCUAAGUGAUUCAUCAUCUUCAUCAGACGAAAGCGAUGCUACUGAAGGGUCAAAUUUGGUGAUUGAUAAGAGUGAACGAAAGAGACUUGCUAAAAUCAAGAAGGAAAAGAAGAGAAAGAGAAAACAGAAACGAAGAAGAGAGAAGGAACUCAAAAAGAGAAAGAACUCGACCAAAUCGUUUGUUGGAGCACAUUUAAGAAGGCAACUGUCGUUUGAUUUAUGGUACUUAUUCCUUGGAUUGUUUAUUAUUUGUAUUUGUGAAGGUUCAAAAAUUCAAGAUGAUUCUAUUCCUUCUUUUAACAUUUUUUCUAUUUUAUUUGAAAUCGUUAGUGCUUAUGGUACCGUUGGUUUGUCAUUAGGUUAUCCUAAUAGCAAUCAAUCAUUUUCUGGACAAUUCACAACUUUAUCUAAAUUAGUCAUCAUUGCAUUAUUAAUUAGAGGUAGAGCAAGAGGUUUACCAUAUUCUGUUGAUAGAGCCAUUAUGUUACCAAGUGGUAAAGUUGAAGAUAUGGAUCAUUUGCAAGAAUUAGAAAGAAUAAAACCAAGACGGAAAUCAUACAUUGCAGUGAGUCCAACUGAUGAUGAAAAUAUGGCUAAUUUAGAUACUAUAUUAGAAGAACCUGGCGAUAGCGAACCUGAAGAUCCAUUGAACACGUAUCUUAAAUCUUCAAUCAAAAAAGCAUCAAAAUCUUAUCAUAAGGUGCUUAAUAAAAUAACUGGGUCGAAACAAAAAAAGGGACAUCGUCAUCACCAUCACCGCCAUCGCCAUGAUGAUAAUGAGCACAACAAUAACAACGACGACAAUAAUAAUGAAACUAAUACUAAAUACCAGAAUACGAGCGACCAGUACGGAGAUCAGCAGUAUGAAUAUUUAGUCAAUGGAGAUAUUGAUGAAGAAAACCAUAUCUCACCAAAUGAAAUAAUCAAAGGGAAUUCCAAGUUAAAAAGCGAUAUAUAUGAAACAAUGGCAAAUGAUUAA